GUACUCGGCUGCUGCGGCUUGUGAGCAAGAAAGCAAAAAAAAAAAAAAAAAGGGGGAGUCGUGUUUUUAUAUUUAAAAAAAAGAAGCGGUCGCCAUGGCAACAGCGGAGGCAUGGGAGUGACGUGACGGCGUGCUGGUCCUGCUUCACUAACGCUACCCCCCCCCCCCCCCGUCGGCGCCAUGCCCCUCCUGCUGAAGUAGGAGGCGAGACGAUGGACGAGUCGGUGCUGCUGGACCUGCUGGAGUGCCCCGUGUGCCUGGAGCGGCUGGACGCCACGGCCAAGGUGCUGCCGUGCCAGCACACCUUCUGCCGCCGCUGCCUGCAGGGCAUCCUGGGCUCCCGCGGCGAGCUGCGCUGCCCCGAGUGCCGCACGCUGGUGGAGUGCGGCGUGGACGAGCUGCCCAGCAACAUCCUCCUGGUGCGCCUCCUGGACGGCAUCAAGCAGAGGCCCCGCAGGGCCGGACCGCCCGGAGGCCCGGGGGUCUGCGCCAACGGCACCGCCGGGGCGGCCGCGGCCAGAGCGUGGCCGGAGCGCGGCGGCAGGGAGCCGGGCGCCCCGGGGCCACAGCCUCAGAGAGCUCAGGCUAAGAGCGCCCUCGUGCGGGGCACCCCCCAGCUCCCGUGUGCCAAGGCGCUCUACAACUACGACGGCAAGGAACCCGGAGACCUCAAGUUCGCCAAGGGUGACGUCGUCGUCCUGCGCCGCCAGGUGGAUGAGAACUGGUACCACGGCGAGAUGGGCGGCGUCCACGGCUUCUUCCCCACCAACUUCGUCCAGGUCAUCAAGCCGCUGCCGCCGCCGCAGUGCAAGGCACUAUACGACUUCGAGCUCAAGGACAAGGAGGCGGACAAGGACUGCCUGCCCUUCUGCAAGGACGACAUCCUGACGGUGAUCCGCAGAGUGGACGAGAACUGGACAGAGGGAAUGCUGGGAGAUAAAAUAGGAAUAUUCCCCAUAUCGUAUGUCGAGUUCAACUCUGCCGCUCGGCAGCUGAUCGACUUGGACAAGCCGUCGGACGGCGACCACGGCGAGGGCGCCUCCUCCUCCUCCUCCAACGGCGUGCAGCGCGCGGCGGAGAAGAAGAACAGCAAGAAGCGCCACUCCUUCACGUCGCUCACCAUGUCGCACAAGCCGGCGCUGGCUCCGCCCCCUCAGCGCCACUCCAUGGAGAUCAGCGGGCCGGUCCUCAUCAGCUCCAGCAACCCCACGGCGGCGGCGAGGAUCGGGGAGAUGAGCGGGGGGCUGUCCUGCAGCGCGCCGUCACAGGUACACAUUUGCACAACUGGACUAAUCGUGACCCCGCCCCCUAGCAGCCCCGUUACCUCGGCAACGAUCUUUACGUUUCCCUCGGAGACGAGCUACACGUCCAUCUCCGUGGACGCCCUCCCCCCGCCCCCCCCUCCUCCCCCGCAGGCCUCCGCCGACGGAGCGACGUAUUCAUUGGCCGCCGGGCAGAGACCCUCCCCCAGCAUCAGCGACCACAGUGGGAGACAAAGACCCACAGUCUACGUGGCCAUGUUCCCCUACGCGCCCCGCAAGGAGGACGAGCUGGAGCUGAGGAAGGGCGAGAUGUUCCUGGUGCUGGAGCGCUGCCAGGACGGCUGGUUCAAGGGCACCUCCAUGCACACGGGCAAGAUCGGAGUCUUCCCCGGCAACUACAUGAGCCCCAUCAGCAGGACGGCGUCGGGCAGCAGCCCCCAGCCCAAAGUUCCCAUGAGCCUUUGCAGCCCGGCGGGCCGAGGCGUCACGGUCGUCGGCCCCUCCGCCGCUCCGGGCCUCGACUUCAACAAGCCGCUCGCCGUCUGCUCCGGCGCCGCCGCCACGGCCACGCAGACGGCCACCGGCCAGCAGCCCAAAGUCGGCUCGCAGAUGACGGUGAACCAGGCUCGCAACGCGGUCAGGACGGCCGCGUGUCACGGUCAGGACCGGCCCGCCGCCGCCGCCCCAUCCGCCACGCCCGUGACGUACCCGGCGUCCUCCCGGGCGGGCGCCGCGAUGGGCUGCGCCGCCGCCUCGCUGACUCCGCCCAACGUCAGCGCCGCGUCCCUGGAGGGCGACGCCCUGAGGGCCGCGCCCGCCGCCGCCCGCCCGCCGAGCUUGGACAAAGACGUGAAGAGGGAAAAGAAAAGUCUCCUGAAGCUUCUGUCCUCCAACAAGAAGAAGCCUCGCCCGUCGCCGCCCUCCUCCCCGACCCUGGAGGCGGAGCAAGCUGCAGCAGCCGGAGAGGCGCUCCACGGCGCCGACGCCCCCCCUUCCUCCGGCGAGCCCGAACCCGCCGCCGUGUCUUCCUCCUUCUCGUCUUCCUCGGCAACGGACUCCUCCCACCGGAAGAGCAGCGCCCUGGAUGUGUGCGCGCCCAUCGCUCCUCCUCCUCGCCAGCCGUGCUCCUCCCUCUUGUCUCAGCAGCACGACGCGCGACCAAUCAUCUGCGAGAGGUACCGGGUGGUGGUCUCCUACCCCCCCCAGAGCGAGGCGGAGCUGGAGCUCAAGGAGGGUGACAUCGUGUUCGUCCACAGGAAGCGAGAAGACGGCUGGUUCAAGGGCACGCUGCAGAGGAACGGCCGCACGGGGCUGUUCCCCGGCAGCUUCGUAGACGGCAUCUAACACACACACACACACACACACACACACACACACACAGGCCAGGACAAGAUCUUCAUAUCGACACUUUAACUCCUUUUAGAGAACGAACGCUGUCGGCACAAGAGAGAGAGAGAGAGAGAGAGAGAGGAAGGGAGGGAGAGAGAGGGAGGGGAUACAGAACAUGUGGAUAGAGUUAGGUACGGAAGCCUUGAAGGGACAUUAUUCAAAAGUCGUUUUAUAAUUAUAUAUCACACUAGAAAAUAAAUAUUAACAGGUUGAAAACGUUUUGGUCAAGUUAACCCGGCGGUGAAGACUUUCGUGAAGUUGAUCGAGACGCACGAGUGUGACGACGUCCGUUUUUUCAAAAUAAAAAUGUUCACAAGAGUACAUAAAAAAAGUACACGAAAGAUUAAUAGAUACAAAAUGUUACGUGUGUAGUUUUUUAAUUAAAAAGUAAAUAUCACUAAAUUGUGAGGGGAAACGUCUUUAUUCUCCGAUUUUUAUUAAGAUUAAUAAUCUGACUACAGUCAAUUAUGACAUGUUACAAAGUAAAAGCUACACGUUUCUAGCAUGAAUGGAUACUUUUAUAAACACUUACUCCAUAAUUCAUAGUAAUAAUAAUAAUUCCAUAAUUCCUGACAAUGAUGGGUAUAUUUGACUACAUACAAACUGAAAUGACUUCAGAUCUUAAAAGAUAUUUACUUAUUUCAUAGUAGAAAUGUAAAGUUCAAAUGCAUCCGUCAUUGUGAGAAAUUAUUAUUUUUCAACCAGCUGAAGUUCAAAGUAUAUAGAUGUUUCUCUUAUAGUUUUGUGGUAUUUUUUAUUCAUUAGAAACACGGGAAACACGAUUAACUAUAAUCCAUCUUAUUUGUUUCAUCUUAUUUUGAAAACAGGAAGUAGUCACCACCAGCGGUUUUAAACCCCCUCGCAGUCGAUUCGAUCUAACUUCCCCCGAGAUAAUUAACUCACGAUAUUCUACAAAGUGACGUGUGAACUAUGUCCACUCGGGGCUUCCGUAGUCAGACGCACUGCUUAUGAACUUGUUUCUUCUUCUGUUGGUUAUUUAUAUCUUUCAGCUGUUUAAAUGUGUGCCUUGUACUGUUGCUCACUUUAUUGUACAUAAAGGACACAAAGAUUAGUCCGAAAAACACAAUUGUAUGAGCUGUUGAAAUAGAUUUGUUUCACAUUUAACUUAUUUCAUAGAUCGGCCUUUUUAUUUGAUUUUGAUUUUUGUGUGCAACACAUAGGAGGAUCAGCUUUUUACACUUUCCCUCCCUCAGACAUCAGUUUUUUACCGUUAAAGUUUAAGUUAACUCAAACCCUGUUAACGCCAACCCCCGUUAGCUCCAACCCCGUUAGCUCCAACCCCCGUCAACUCAAACCCCCGUUAGCUCAAACCCCUGUCAACUCAAACCCUGUUAGCUCCAACCCCGUUAGCUUAAACCCUGUCAACUCAAACCCCCUCAACUCAAACCCAGUUAGCUUAAACCCGUUAGCUCAAACCCCGUUAACCGUGAGACAUUGGAAGUGUUUCCGUGGGGCGUUUUUCCAGGUAUUUGGGGGUUUUUUUUAAAUUACCUGCGGCGAUCAAAAAAUCUGCACAUGUGAUGAGUAAAGACUUCCUACAGGGGGCGACAAAGUGGCCUCAGAUGUGUUGCAGGACUUUUUAUUUUAACUUGAUUUAUUUUGUAAACACACUCCAGGACGGCCGUUGCAGUCUAAAAUAUGUUUUACUUACUUUAAACCUUCUUUGUAUUUCACACACACACACACACACACACACAACGACUCCGCGGGAAGAGACGAGUAAUUCUGUCGCAUCUCAAAAGACGAGCUUUUGUCAGAAUCCAUCAUUUUUGUUUUUUUCUUGAUUUUCGCAGUUGUGUUUUUUGUACAUUACUUCUAUAAAAAGGUCUUAAGUAUCCACUUGAAUUACUGUAAGAUGUUUGUGUUGAUUUGGGGGGAUUUAUCAUUAUUUUUGGGAGCUCGUUGAAAUGCAAAACAAAAAGAAAUGGGCAGUUUUUGCUUCAUCGGAUCGAAUAUCGCAACGUGUGACGAAGCCCUUCAAAAUAAAGGUAUUGACAUUUCAUGUAAUGCGGCUUAUUGAUCUUCAAGUCCCUGUGAGGUAUUUAAACACUAUAAAAUUACUGUCUUGCCAAAUUUAGGCUUUUGAGAAUGAAUUUACUGGCUGAAUUUGACUUUUUUAAAUUUGUAUUCUUUUAUUUUGUAGUCGUGUUGUGAAUCGAGGGGACCACUGUGUAACUGACUGCUGGAAUAUGUUGUUUGGAUAUUUGGAGCGUGUGUUUGGGGUAAAAGCGAUAGUACAAAUCACUGUUGGGGCCUUUUUGUUUUUGUUUUUGAUUCUGUCUUUUCUGAAUUUAUGUAGAAUUAAUAAUCUGGCGUCGUCUUGGCACCGCACCGACCUCGCCGCACCGUCUUCUUCUUCGUUGGUUCGACUUUUUAUUGUCCGUCGUUACGGAGACGACUCUCACCGGGACGGACUUCUCAAAACUCAUUUCCUAACAGCUCAUAAACUAUUAAAGGUUCCUUUUAUUGGAACCACUUAACGGAUUCUCCUCCUACGCCAAGGUGACUUACUUGAUUAUUAGAUUAUUUUUUUGUUUGUAGUUAUUCUGUACGUCUGGAAAAAAUGGUGAAACUGAAAUUUGGCACAAAUCUAUUAUGUGAAAAUACAUUCUGAAGUAUUUGAGGGAAAAGCACAUUUUGUAUUAAAAAAAAAAUCUCUAUAACAAUAAAAGUGAAUUAUUUCCAUAAAUUU